CGCACGAGGCAGACGCGCUGCUGGAGCUCGCCACGCACGCGCCCUGGAUUACAGUGCAGAGCGAAACUCCCAGUCAGUCACCUCGACACGCUGCGUGACACGCUGCGUCGCGCGCGCCGACCGUCACAAAAUCGCGUGUGUUGCCCGCUCCUGGAUUUUUGUGCUGUGUGUGAAAACUCGUGCUGUGACAAACCUGUGGAUACCUUGUCAGUGCAGUGAAGUGAACCGGGUUUCGCGAACUGAAACCCACUGUGUGUGCCCUCUUCCACGCCUACCUGGAUACAUGGCCGUGGCUCAGUGCAGUGCGUUGUGAUUGGAUUACGCGUCAAACAGUGCUCCAGAAUGCUUCUUGUGCAAAAGUGCAGCUGACGAAUGGACAGUAGUGCAAAUGGCCGGCGUCGCUAACGACAGACGAAACCGGCCGUCAUCGAGGAGGAAGCGUCGCCCGAGCGCCUAGUGUCCCGGUGGCCUCCCCGCACCAAAAUGCAGGCCAACGCAUGCACCCUCUUCCUGGGGGCGCUCCUCAGCGUGCUGUCCUUGAGCAAGGCGCUGAGGUACCAGGCGCCCGACGAGUGCAAGUGGGUCAUCAUCAACGGCAGCCGCAACGACAACGCCUCCGAGGAGGCGCCGCAGGCCGAGGAGGGCGUCUCGCUCACCUGCAGGCUGCGCACCAUCAACAGCGAGCUGGAGAACACCAACUUCAGCGUCAUCCAGGCCCAGCACACCAUCAAGCUGCGCCUCGAGUGCAGCGACGCCCUGUUCUUCCAGAGCUCGCUCAGUUCCGGCAGCUUCCGCUCCCUCGUCGAACUCCGGGACCUGGAGAUCGAGUUUUGCAAGAUUGGCAAUCUGUCGUCCGGCGCGUUCGCGGGACUGCGGGAUCUGAGAAAUCUCACGGUUCGCACGCACAACACCGACUGGUCGUCCAUGACCAUGGACAUCCACGGCCACGCCUUCAACGAGGACAUGGGGCGGCUGGAGCGCCUGGACAUGAGCCAGAACAACAUUUGGCACAUGCCGGAGGGCGUCAUGUGCCCCCUGCACAGCCUGGAGUUCCUGAACCUCACCAACAACAGGCUCCGCAGCGUGGCCGGCUUCCAGUUUGGCGCCACCGUCGCGUCCGCCAACCUGAACCCGUCGCAGCGCUGCGGCGGCAACAUCAAAGUGUUCGACCUGUCCAACAACAGCGUCGAGACGCUGCCCCCUGCCGCGCUGUCGGGGCUUACCCGCCUGCAGUACUUGAGCUUCGAAGGCAACGGCAUGGCCGUGCUGGCCGACAGGGCCCUGGAGGGCCUCGUCUCGCUCCACGUGCUCAACCUGGCCAACAACAAGCUGGUCACCCUGCCGCCCGAACUGUUCGCCGACACCCGGGAACUGAAGCAGCUGUACCUGCAGAACAACUCCAUCAACGUGCUGGCGCCCGGACUUCUUGGCGACCUGGCACAGCUGGCCUGGCUGGACUUGUCCAGCAACGAGCUGACGUCAGAGUGGGUCAACGCCAACACUUUUACCAACCUCGUGAGGCUGGUGGUGCUGGACCUCUCCCACAACCGCAUCAACAAGCUGGAGGCCGCCGUGUUCAGAGACCUCUACGCGCUGCAAGUCCUGAAGCUGGAGGACAAUGCCAUCUCCUCCAUCCCGGAGAACACCUUUGCCUCCCUCUACAAUCUCCACACGCUGAUCCUGUCGGACAAUAAGCUCACUACCAUCCAUAGCUACACAUUUAAUGGCCUCCUCGUCCUAAGCCUAUUAUCUCUUGAGAAUAACGACAUUGAAACCAUCCACCCCGAUGCCCUGAAGAAUUCGUCGAGCCUGCAAGACCUGCACUUGAACGGCAACAAGCUGUUCGAGGUACCCGCUGCCCUCAAGGAUGUGCCCACACUGAAAACACUCGACUUGGGUGACAACCACAUCGCCAGUGUGGACAACACAACCUUCGCCAACCUGCAGCACGUGUAUGGACUGCGCCUGACCGAAAACAACAUCGUCAACAUUUCCAAGGGCGUCUUCGACAAGAUGGCGUCCCUGAAAAUUUUGAACCUUUCGUUCAACAAAAUUCGAAAGGUCGAGUCCGGUGCAUUCGACGGAAACCUCAACUUGCACGCCAUUCGUCUGGACGGCAAUUACCUGACGGACAUUGCCGGGCUGUUCGCCAAGUUGCCUAACCUGCAGUGGCUCAACAUCUCCGACAACCAGCUGGAAGUGUUCGACUACUCGCUCAUCCCCACGGGCCUCAAGUGGCUGGACAUCCACGCCAACCAAAUUGCCGUCCUGGGCAACUACUUCGAGAUUGAGAGCCAGCUGCACCUGAGUACUUUCGACGCCAGCUCCAACAAGCUGACCGAAAUCACGGGCAGUGCCAUCCCGGACAGCGUCGAAUUUCUGUCCCUGAGUGACAAUCUCAUCUCCAAAGUGCAGUCGUACAGUUUCUUCAAGAAGCCUAACCUGACUCGCGUGGAUUUGUUCGGCAAUCGGAUCACGAGUCUCAACCCCAACUCGCUCCGCAUUUCGUCCGUGCCCGCCAAUCGCCCCCUGCCCGAGUUUUACAUCGGUGGCAACCCUUAUGAGUGUGACUGUACCAUGGACUGGCUGCAGAAAGUGAACACAGACAAUCGUGCGCGCAACCAGCCAAAGCUCAUGGACUUGGACAGCAUUUACUGCAAACUGCUGUACAACCGCGGCCGCAGCUACGUCCCCCUCGUGGAGGCCGCGCCGUACCAGUUUUUGUGCCGCUACGACUUCCACUGCUUUGCGUUGUGCCAUUGCUGUGACUUCGACGCGUGUGAUUGUGAAAUGACCUGCCCCACCAAUUGCACCUGCUACCACGACCAGUCCUGGUCUGCCAAUGUGGUGGACUGCAGCAACGCGGGCUACGUGGAAACACUGCCGGACCAAAUCCCGAUGGACGCCACACAGCUGUACCUGGACGGCAACAACAUCCACACAGUUGGCAGCCAUGCGUUCAUCGGCCGGAAGCGCUUGAAAGUGCUGUUCUUGAACGGCUCCAAUGUGGAGAUCAUUCACAAUCGCACGUUCAACGGCCUGAAGAAUCUGGAGCUCCUGCACCUGGACAACAAUGAGAUCCGCGAGCUGCGGGGCCACGAGUUCGAGGGGCUGGACAGCCUGCGCGAGCUGUACCUGCAGCACAACAAGAUCACCCACGUGCACAACGGCACCUUCGCCGGCCUGGGCGAGCUCCACGUGCUGCGCCUGGACCACAACCGCAUCGCCCACUUCGCCGUGUGGGAGUUGUCAUCGUCGGCCUCCCUCAUGGACGUGACCCUGGCCGCCAACCCCUGGUCCUGCGACUGCGAGUACACCAGCCGCUUCCGCGACUGGCUGCAGGUCGCCGACGAGGUCGUCACGGACCUGUCCAACAUCCGGUGCCUGUACAACGCCCCCACAGUUGGCAGCAAUGCCACUGGCUUCGCCGAGGAGAAGAAGGAGGCUGAGGACGGCUUCCUCAUCAUCUACGACAACUCGUCCAACUGCGUCACCAGGACUACCAACUACAACUUCACGGAGAGCGUGAACGGCAACUACACUGCCAACAAGACUGUGAUCCAGCGCCAGGUGAUCCAGGACUACAUGCCACUGCUCAUCGCGACCCUGGGCGUGUUCCUGGUCAUCAUCCUCCUCAUCCUGGUGGUGUUCGUGUACCGCCAGGAGAUGCGAGUGUGGUUCCACUCGCGCUUCGGCGUCCGCCUCUUCUACCGCAAGAGCGACCUCGAGCUGGACGACCGCGAGAAGCUCUUCGACGCCUUCAUCAGCUACAGCUCCAAGGACGAGGCCUUCGUGGCGGAGGAGUUGGCACCCCUGCUGGAGCACGGCGACCCCUCCUACAAGCUGUGCCUGCACUACAGGGACUUCCCUGUGGGCGCCUUCAUCGCGGACACCAUCGUGCAGGCGGUGGAGUCCUCGCGGAGGACCAUCAUGGUGCUCAGCGAGAACUUCAUCAAGUCCGAGUGGUGCCGCUUCGAGUUCAAGUCGGCGCACCACCAGGUGCUGCGGGACCGCAGGAAGCGCCUCAUCGUGGUGCUGCUCGGGGAAGUCCCCCAGAAGGACCUUGACCCCGACAUCCGGCUGUACCUCAAGACCAACACCUACUUGCAGUGGGGUGACAAGCUUUUCUGGGAAAAGCUGCGUUUCGCGCUGCCGGAUGUGCCCAACAAUCAAAGAACUAGGCAUGGCUCAGGACGAGUCAGCAAUCAUAGUAAUAGUAAUCAUCAUCAUGUCAUGCAUCAUCAUGUGCACAGACACAAUAAUCAUAACCACAAUCAUAGUCACCAUAAUCAUAAUACACACAUUCCACCACACAUACCGCACAAUGCACACAAUUUGCACAAUCCACAUAACACACUGACGCCCCAAAAUACAAUCAGUCCUCAAAAUACUCACGUGGCACAACAUUUACACAACCAACAUCCUGUAACGUUACAAACUCAACAAAACCAGCAACAACAUUCUCGGUCAGUCGCAAUACAUAUCUAAUGUGUGUGUGAGUGUGUGUGUGUUUGUGUGAAGUGAAUCGUGUUCCCCGUUCGGUGCAGUGACCUUCCAUGGAUUAGUGUGUCCCACAGUGCAAUGUGAUAAUUCUGUAAGUGUGCUCUAUUUUGUGUGACAGUGUAGCUGUGCUCAAAAUUCAGAAUCUUUACCAGUGAUAGUAUACUGCACAGCCCUGUAAGCUGGUCCUCUAGGAUUGCAUUAGUGUUACAUUGUAUGGAUUGUCAUGCAUCCGGAUGUCAAAAUGUGAUAAUUAGUUUUAAGAAAUUGUUCAAAGACAUGUUAAUAAAAGUGUUAAAAUGUAAAUAAUCUUUGUUUUGUACAGUUUCAUUGUGAAAUCUUGAUUGACUGUGGCUGUAGCCAAAAAGUGUAUAAAGCUCCUUUAGAAAUGCAAAUAUUGUAAAAAUUGCAUAGUGUAUUAUAAAUAAAUUUUCAAAUUAUAAUUUAUUCUAAGUGAUAUAUAUUUUAUACAAAGGAGUGCUCGUUGUUUUUUUUGCUUGUGAUGUUGGUGCUAUUCAGGUUUUUAUACCAUUACCUCGAUCAGGCAUUUUCCAAUGAAAGGAUAGCGAAAAAUUUCUUGCCUAGCUUUUUAACAGAGUUUCAAUGGUACCCAAGCCUACUCCAUACUUUAGAAAGAACUGACCUUGCCAUGUGUAAAUGUAAUGUAAGCUUUUCACAAAAGACUGAACCUGCUUGAAAUUUUAAGUAUUUCAAGUAAUAUUUGUAAAAGCCUCUGUGGUUUAUAGGGUAUCAAAGUCAUGUUAGAAAUUUCUGUUUGAAAGCUAAAAUCUAGUGAAGGACUUAUUUUUGUUUACCUUUCAUCGCGCACUAUCAAACUUUUGUAAUCGAUUUUUUCUAAACGUUUCUACUUGUUUGGGUUCAAUUGCGUCCAAAAUUUUGAUCGAACUGUAAUCAUAAUUUAAAUACGCUUAUACAUAUGAUUGUUAUUUAUUACUGUUUUGGGCGCAAUUGAACCCAUGUUCUCUGUGCGUGCAGCCUCAUUUUAACCUGUACUACUGUUGUUGAGACCUAAAUUCUUACUAUUGUUACCCAGCGACAAAUUUAAACUGCCUGUCGAAAUCUGAAUAAAUAAUAUGUUAAAAAAUUUAA